CUGGGUGGUGUGAUCUGCCCAAACAUGCGGGAGCUACCCCCGAUUCAACUGUUGGGCUUCAAAUCGGCGGAUCAGGAGAUCGACCGCCAGGCGCUGCUGGACGAGAUCACAUCCAACGGCGAGAUCGCCGUCUCGCUGACGGAGGCGGACAUCGCCGGACUCGUCUUGGCCAGCGGAGCGGCCGCCUCCGGCGCGUCCAGUCGCUCGUCGUCAGGCGCAUCGACGGCACGCGCCGGCAACCUGGACCCCGAGGCGGCCGUCAUGGAAGAGGAGGCCGCCUCGCUGCCCGGCUUCAUGGCCGAUGAACAGCAGGAGCAGCACAGCAAGCCGGCUGAGAUGCACGUGCUGCGGAAGGCUACAGAUGUGCUGCACGCAUCCGUGGACGCCAUGCUCGGGCAGUCCAUAGAAAUGGACCACGAGGUUCGGCGUCGCAUCGAUACGCAGUUCUUCUGGGACAACAAGCGGAAGAUCGACAUGGUGCUCGCCUACCGGGAGGACGACGAUGUGAACAGGAUCCACAAGCGCAAAACAUUCCAGGCCAACCUCAUCAGCGAGGGACUCGAACUCGAGCUCGAGGACAAAAAGCACUCCAGCGACGGAAAGACAUACUAUCUCAAGGUCCACUCGCCCUGGGAUGUCUUGACAAGAUACGCCGAGAUUAUGAAUCUUAAAAUGCCGAUCAAGAAGUUUGUGGUGGUGAACCAUGCUUGGGAAGACGAGCCGGACGAGGACGACGGGCCGCCCUGCUGUCCGGGCAUGAAGAACCCCUUCAGCUACGACACCAACUUGAUUCCCCCGGAGCCGGAGUACUUCACGGCCGGGUUCAACCGACACAGAGAGCACCAGUUCGUCAUCAAGAGCCGCGAGACGUUCUUCACCUCGGCGCAACGGUCGCAGAUCGUGUGGCAGAUCCUGAUGCGCACCAAAUACACGGACUCAGCGCACGUCAACGACCGCUCCAAGGUCGGCAUCAACCGCCUCCUCAACAACGGCGCGUUCGUGGCGGCCUUCCCCCUGCACGACGGCAGCUACAAGGAGGACGACGGCAGUGGCACGCCCAACGACAGACGGCUUCUGUACCUGGAGUGGGCGCGGCCUGCCUGCAUUCACAAGAAACAGCCGCUCUGGUUGGUGAGGAAGUAUUUCGGCGACAAGAUCGGCCUCUACUUCGCCUGGCUUGGCUUCUACACGGCUAUGUUGGUGCCGGCUGCCAUCGUUGGCGUCCUAGUCUUCAUAAUCGGCCUCUUCAUGGUCAACAAUGAUAACUUGUACAACCCCAGCAUCGAAAUCUGCCACAGCAACGUGACUAUGUGCCCACUGUGUAACAAAGCGUGUGAGUACUGGGACCUGAAGGCGUCCUGCUUCUUCUCGCAAAUCACCUACCUCUUCGACAAUCCGGCCACCGUCUUCUUCUCCAUCUUCAUGGCGUUCUGGGGUGAGCAGGCGGGCGAUGCUCGCAAAUUGGUGUGCAGGUCUAAUCUCAAACCAUGA